AUGGCAUCCUGGUACUCGAACAUCCUCACGACCACAACCUCACGCAUCACAACCCUCCGAACCACACUGCUGGGCGGCGAGGCGGACGGUGACACAGAGGACGACACGCACGUCUGCCGAGUCCUACGCGCAUACUAUACUGAAAACGGACGCCCGUUCCCAAACUGGCUUCCUCCAGACCCGAAGGCCCCGCCUCCCGUCGCGCCAGUCUACUCGCAGCCCGCGGUUGGUAGCCGCUACGGGGCAACUGCCUCUGGUGGCGGCGGUGGAGGUGGAGGUGGCGGCGGCGCGCUAAGCUCGCUGUGGGACAGCGGCGGCGGUCGCCAGGACCAGCAGUCUCUGCGGCAGGGGCGCGGCCAGCCACCGCCCAUGCGCGGGGCGGAGCAGCAAAGCGGCGGCCGGAUGAACCCGUACGCGGCAGCGAGGGGAAGCGACCCGCGAGACGAGGUGCAGGCUAGACCACUGCCCAGUCAGCGGGCAGGAAGCUACCAGACGGCUUAUGGUAACAGCAGCACUCCUCCGCCGGGAGGCGGCGGCGGCGGCGGCGGCUCGGCACAGGAUCGACUGCGGAACCGACUAUUCCAAAGGGGUGCGGGCGGCAGCGGUGCUAGGACGACCAGCCCGGCUUCUUCAUCGGGACCAUUUCAGCCGCCUGCGCCAUCCGGGGGCGGAUAUGGCGGCGGCGGGGGCGGUGGUGGCGGCGGGGCAGGGGACUACGAGGACAGGUUUGCACCAGGUGGGAUGUACGAUGGUGGUGGCGGUGGCUAUGGGGCAGGCGGUGGUAACGAUAGGGCAUACGUAUCUUCGAACUCGCCGUGGUCAUCGGGCCAGCAAGAUUACUCUGGCGGAGGUGGCGGCGGCGGUCGUUCUGGUGGUGGACUUCCUCAGGGGCCAAGAGCGGGUGGGCUGCCGCGCGGCCCUCGCAUGCGAUGA